AUGCCGACAUCAGGCAUAAUGGCUCCCGAGCCCAUCGCGGAGGCACCAAGCUCCUCGACCUAUCAUACGGAACAGAAGCUGGAAUCUGAUCUUGGACAUCCGGAUACGGGGCAGAAACUAGAACGCGGGGCACCAGAGAGCAUAGAAUACCAAAACUCCUACUUCGACGACCCCAAUCUCGACCCCGCCCAGUUCCAAGAAAUCGAAUACGACGACGAAUCUCCAUACCCCGAAGUGCGGUCCGCAGUGGCAAACACAGACGACCCCUCGAUACCCGUCACGACCAUUCGGACGUGGACGAUAGGCCUCGCCUGGGCGAUCCUCAUGCCAGGCGUGAACCAGUUCUUCUUCUUCCGCUACCCGUCCGUGCCCAUCACCGGCAUCGUCGCCCAGCUGCUCUCCUUCCCGCUCGGCCGCCUCUGGGCGCGCUACGUCCCCCGCUGGCGCGUCCUCGGCGUGGCGCUCAACCCCGGCCCGUUCACGAUUAAGGAGCAUGUGUUGAUAACGAUUAUGGCCACGGUCGGCGCCCAGUCCGCAUAUGCCACCGAUAUCAUCGCUGUGCAGCGCGUCACCUACAAGCAAAGCUACAACUUCAGCUAUCAAUGGUUUCUUGUGCUCUCGACCCAGCUCAUCGGCUUCUCAGCGGGUGGCAUCGCCCGCCGCUUCCUUGUCACGCCGCCGAGCAUGAUCUGGCCCGCAACGCUCGUUCAGUGUGCGCUCUUCAACACGCUGCACUCGCAGCAUUACUCCGGCAUGGGCCAGCACAGCGGGCCCAGCCGCGAGCGAUAUUUCUUAUUCGUGUUCCUGGGGUCGUUCUUCUGGUACUUCUUUCCGGGGUAUUUAUUCCAAGCACUAUCUUGGUUCUCAUGGGUAACCUGGAUAUGGCCGGAUGACACCGCAAUCGCGCAGCUCUUUGGCUAUUUCCACGGCAUGGGCAUGUCGGUGAUCACGUUUGAUUGGAGUCAGGUAUCUUACAUAGGGUCGCCGCUUGCAACGCCAUGGUGGGCGAGCGCCAACGUUUUUGCGGGAUUUGUGUUUUUCUAUUGUACGAUAUCGUCGAGGACGUCGUACGACAACGAGAUGAAGCAGUACAACGUCUCGCGGAUACUCACGCCGGAGUCGACGCUUGAUCUGGAGGCGUACAUGUCGUACAGCCCGUUGUUUCUGUCAACGACGUUUGCGCUGUCGUACGGAUUGUCGUUCGCAGCUAUCACCUCGACGCUUGUCCAUGCGUUUAUAUACUUCCGCAAGCAAGUGUGGCGACAGGCACGACGGUCGCUCCGGGAGCAGGCGGACGUGCACGCGCGCCUGAUGAACAUGUACCCACAAGUCCCCGAGUGGUGGUACUUCCUCCUCUUUGGGAUCACGUUCGCGCUUGGGUGUAUCAGCAUCGAGUUGUGGCCGACGCAGAUGCCCGUGUGGGCGUUCGUUGUUGCGUUGUGUGUCGCGUUCACGUAUUUGGUGCCGUGCGGGAUGAUCCAGGCGAUUACGAAUCAGCAGGUUGGGCUCAACGUCGUCACGGAGCUUAUCAUAGGGUACGCGCUCCCCGGCAAGCCAAUAGCCAUGAUGAUGUUCAAGACAUGGGGAUACAUCUCAAUGACGCAAGCACUAACGUUCACGGCCGAUUUCAAGCUCGGGCACUAUAUGAAGAUCCCGCCACGGAGCAUGUUCUGGUGCCAGAUCGUCGCCGCGGUUGUCGCCGGCACGACGCAGCUGGCGGUGCUGGAGUGGAUGUUUACGCAUGUACCUGAUAUGUGCCAGACGACACAGAAAGACGGCUUCAUCUGUCCGGACACGGAGGUGUUCUCGUCUGCGUCUAUCAUUUGGGGCGUCAUUGGUCCGGAGAGGCAGUUCUCGGCUGGACAAAUAUACCAUCCUCUCCUCUUUUUUUUCCUCGUCGGCGCCGUCGCGCCCGUUAUACCCUGGAUAAUCGUCAGGAAAUACCCGAAUAGCUUCAUGCGAUAUAUCAACCCUCUGCUCUUCAGCGGGACGUAUUUGAUACCCCCAGCAACGGCACUGAACUAUGUUCCAUGGGCCAUCGUCGGAUUUGUCUUCCAAUAUAUACUCCGAAGACGACAUUUCUCGUGGUGGACAAAGUACAACUAUGUCACAUCCGCCGCGCUUGACUCGGGCCUUGCUGUAUCUGUGCUUGUAAUAUUCUUCUGCUUGCAAUACCCACGGAAUGGAACUAUCGGAGCUAACUCAAUAGGUCAAUGGUGGGGAAACACGGUCUUCGCAAUGGGCGCUGACUACGGGCCUGCUGGAGGCGGAACGCCCGUCCGACCACUGGAGCCUGGUCAGACGUUCGGACCGUCUCCGGGGACGUGGUAG